AUACUCCUUGGCAACAGCGACAGAGCUGUUUUACGACAGUUGACUAUCUUGUCAAUAUAAUAGAUACUCCUUGGCAACAGCGACAGAGCUGUUUUACGACAGUUGCGUACUGUAUUCCGAGCGUCCGGUGUCGUACAUUUUGCAGAAUCACCAUGGCGUCUGUAUUGAAAGAGACCGCGGGGCUAUAUGAAACAUUGAAAACGGAAUGGAACAAGAAAAAUCCAAAUCUGAACAAAUGUGGAGAAAUUUUGAGCAAGCUCAAGAUCUCGUUAUUGGAGUUAAACUUCUUACCAACGACUGGAACUAAGCUCACCAAACAACAGCUUAUUUUAGCUCGUGAUGUUCUGGAGAUCGGGGCUCUGUGGGCUAUCCUGAAGAAGGACAUCCCUUCCUUUGAGAGAUACAUGGCCCAGCUCAAAUGUUACUACUUUGAUUACAAGAAUGAGUUGCCGGAGUCGGCCUACAUGCACCAGCUGCUGGGUCUGAACCUCCUCUUUCUGCUGUCCCAGAACCGUGUGUCAGAGUUCCACACAGAGCUGGAGAGGCUGACUGCUAAAGACAUCCAGACCAAUGUCUACAUCCGCCACCCUGUCUCCUUAGAGCAGUACCUGAUGGAGGGAAGUUAUAACAAGGUGUUUCUGGCCAAAGGAAACAUCCCUGCUGAAAGCUACACCUUCUUCAUAGACAUUCUGCUAGACACCAUCCGUGAUGAGAUUGCUGGGUGCAUAGAGAAGGCUUAUAAACAGAUUCAGUUCAACGAAGCUACCAGAGUGCUUUUCUUCUCCUCACCAAACAACAUGACAGAGUAUGCCAACAAGCGGGGCUGGACCCAGAGCCUCUCAUCAUAUUAAAGUUGUCUGUGUUGCAGCGGGGCUGGACCCAGAGCCUCUCGUCAUAUUAAAGUUGUCUGUGUUGCAGCGGGGGCUGGACCCAGAGCCUCUCAUCAUAUUAAAGUUGUCUGUGUUGCAGCGGGGCUGGACCCAGAGCCUCUCAUCAUAUUAAAGUUGUCUGUGUUGCAGCGGGGCUGGACCCAGAGCCUCUGGUCAUAUUAAAGUUGUCUGUGUUGCAGCGGGGGCUGGACCCAGAGCCUCUCGUCAUAUUAAAGUUGUCUGUGUUGCAGCGGGGCUGGACCCAGAGCCUCUGGUCAUAUUAAAGUUGUCUGUGUUGCAGCGGGGCUGGACCCAGAGCCUCUGGUCAUAUUAAAGUUGUCUGUGUUGCAGCGGGGGCUGGACCCAGAGCCUCUCGUCAUAUUAAAGUUGUCUGUGUUGCAGCGGGGCUGGACCCAGAGCCUCUGGUCAUAUUAAAGUUGUCUGUGUUGCAGCGGGGCUGGACCCAGAGCCUCUCAUCAUAUUAAAGUUGUCUGUGUUGCAGCGGGGCUGGACCCAGAGCCUCUGGUCAUAUUAAAGUUGUCUGUGUUGCAGCGGGGGCUGGACCCAGAGCCUCUCAUCAUAUUAAAGUUGUCUGUGUUGCAGCGGGGGCUGGACCCAGAGCCUCUGGUCAUAUUAAAGUUGUCUGUGUUGCAGCGGGGCUGGACCCAGAGCCUCUCAUCAUAUUAAAGUUGUCUGUGUUGCAGCGGGGCUGGACCCAGAGCCUCUCGUCAUAUUAAAGUUGUCUGUGUUGCAGCGGGGCUGGACCCAGAGUCCAGAUGACUACUACUCGUUCAGCAGCCAACA